AUGGAAGCCCUUGAACCCGUGAAAAGCGUGGCCCAGGGCACCGUCGACGUCCUAGCCAGCAACGAGGUGGUUGUUGACCAGGCCAUCGAUGCCAUUGGGAUGGGUCGAUACCAGUGGCAACUACUCUUUUCGUGCGGAUUUGGCUUCCUUGUCGACCAGAUGCUCCUGAUAUCAAUCACAAUUAUUAUGCCAAAUUCUGCAAAGGAGUUCGGCCCCAAGUAUCAAACCCUCCUAUCGGCUUCCCUGUACGCAGGCCUCUUUGUGGGCGCCGUUACCUGCGGGCUUCUUGCAGACAUGAUAGGCCGCAAGUUGGUAUGGCAGCUAUCGAUCUUUGGCGUCUCCAUCGUGACCCUACUGGCGGCUUCGUCUCCGAACUGGGCAGCGUUGAAUGUCUGGACCUCUCUUUGCGGGUUGUUUGGAGGUGGUAACCUGGCCAUCGAUCUAACUGUGCUUGCCGAGUCUCUGCCCCGUAAAUGGACAUUUCUUCUCACUGGCCUUGCAUGUGUCUGGGGCCUUGGGAGUGCCAUCACCGCUCUUAUUUCAUGGCCUCUCGUCGUCGCAUUCUGCUGUCCCAAUGGAACCACUCCAGAGACAUGUUUCCGAUCUGACAACAUGGGCUGGCGAUACAUCGAUAUAGUUCUUGGCGGUUUAUGUUUGAGCAUGUCUAUUGUGCGCUCAUUUAUCCUUGGAAUGCACGAGUCGCCAAAGUGGCUCGUCAACCAAGGCAGGGUUGACGAUGCUGUGAGGGCUUUGAACCUGAUCAGCUCCAAGAACAAAGCUGAAUAUACUGCGGAGCCCCAACACUUCAGUAAUAUACCUCCAAACCGGGAAGAGAAGCUGACAUGGCUUCAGGAAGUCGUAUCAAUUCGAGAGUUAUUUUAUGGGUGGAAGAACAUCCGCCUAAUGGGAAUCAUGAUAUUACUAUGGGCGUUUGUCGGAAUUUGCUACCCCCUCUACAACGUCUUCCUGCCCUAUUACCUCGAAGCCCACGGCGCCAACCUGGGUGAUGGCAGUAACUACCAAACAUACCGAGACCUCGCCAUCUCCUCCGUAGUAGGAAUCCCGGGGCCCCUGCUAAGCGCAUACUUCGUCCAGCUCCGAAGGCUCCGCUAUCAAGGCACACUAUUCAUAACAGGUUGUAUUUGUGCCAUCUUCGCCGGACUCUUUACGAAAGUGCGCACGGAGCCGCAGAACAUCGGCUUCUCAUGCAUGAUCAACUUCUGGCUUAAUGCAGUAUACGCGGUUGUUUACGCGUAUACACCCGCUUGUCUAGCUACGAAACACCGCGGCGUCGGGUGUGGACUGCUCAUGGCGUGCGGUCGACUCGUUUCUAUAUCUGCCCCGUUCAUUGCGACCUUCGGGGACGUCACUUCGGGCGUCCCGCUUUGGGUUUCGUGUGCGAUGUAUGUGGGCAUGGCUCUAUUGGGGCUUGCCUUGCCGCGUAUUGAUUAG